AUGUCGCUGAGUGCGUUGAAUGACAUCGAACGGCUAAGCGAACGAGUGAUCAGGGUGCUGGGCCAAAACCCGGGUUCUUUCACGCUUCAAGGGACGAAUACCUACAUUGUUGGGACUGGAAAGAAGUAAGUUCCCCUUGUUCUUUGUGCCUUUCAAGUUUAGACCGCCGAAAAUACCGCACACCACUAAAAAUUUGAAAUUUUUGACUCUGACACCUAGUGGAAUAUAAAUUAUGUCAAAUCUCUCGUCUAAACUUUGUAAAUCUCUGCCAAGGUCUGGCAUAUUCUUUGUUGUGAUGUGUUUUGGUGGGAACUGCUCAAAAACUCAUCUGUAUUCCUUCAGUCGCCGGCCCAUGAACUUAUACUUGACCAUCAGGAUGUUUUCCACAAAACCGCCGCAAACUCACUACGAAGUGCUCGGAGUGAAGUCGGACGCGUCCAACAAGGAGGUUAAAAGCGCUUUCUACAAACUCUCCAAAGAACAUCAUCCAGAUCUGAACCCACAAAAGAGCCACGAUCAUUUUCAAGACAUUGUCAAUGCGUAUGAAGUGUUGUCGAGCAAAGAGAAGCGAUAUCUCUACGAUUUGACACUGAGGCCGGGUGUAGAAGGGAAGGAAGUGCCUACCACAUCAUAUGCAAGGAGAACAACAGUGAAAGAUCGACGGAAAUACGAAGAUUUGGACCUGACUUACGAAGAUUUUGUCGAAUUUCAGAGGAAAACGAGGGCCAGAAGUAAUAUCAGAGAUGAAGAAUUUCCAGAACAAUUUUUCCGACAGUUCGGCGAUACUAAGGCAAUCUUUUACUCAAAUUUUUGGGGUUUAAUUUUUAGAUUGGAUCCGAUUUUUUUCAAAAUUUUUCGAUUUAUCUCCGUGUUGUUAGAUCUACGAUUUUUUUCGUAUUUUAGGUGCGGCUAAAGGAUGGAAAAGUUGUGUAUUAGUAUUUUUUACGAUUUUAUGGCCCUACGAUUAAUCUUGAAGCAGUUUUUUUUAAAUAUUUUUGACCCAUUUUUUGCCAAUUUUUGUCUAGUGUAAUAUACGAAGAUCUCCAAAAUGGCCUCAAAAUUUGCUUGAAACUGAUUCAAAACUCGAAAUAUAUGUCUGCGACAUUACAGUUCAAGAAACGCACGACGGAGGACAAGGUUUUCUACAGCGCCUACAAGGAUAGCCAAACUUUUGCUCGAGAAGCGAGAGAACAGAAAAUAUUGGAGGAAAUGGAGAGACAGAAGCAAGAAGAAAACCGAUUUGUCCCAAAAUUCGAACAAGAACUGAAAAGACAGCAGGAAGCGAGCAGGAACACGAAAAUUUACAUCAUCUCUGGAGGAGUUGUGACAACAAUAAUUGGAAUUUCAGCGUUUAUUAUGAGAUGAAUUCGCCCUCUGAAUCAGAGUAUUGUUGUAGAUAGUUGUUUAGGAAAUAAAGUAGAAACUGAGUGGAAAUUUUGUCAAUUUUUUUGAGAUUUUGAGGAAAAUUUAUAUUACACUUGAGAAAAAAUUAAAGUUGAAAUGCGCAUUUUUAGUGGUGAUGUGACUUCAUAUGUUGGCUAUAAUCCACCUUGAAGGUUAUACGUCACUUUUUUGUCUUUGAGCAACUUUUUUACAUCAAAAUAUUAUUCAUGAUGUUUAGCUUCAAAAAAUCCCGUUUUACAACUAAAUUAAAGUCUUGGUUAUCCAAAAUGAUUUUUAUGACUCAUAGUAGGUCAUUGUCUUACUGUUUAGCACUAUUUCGCCAAUUUCUGAGCGUGUUUUUAUAUUACACAUGACGACCUUGUUUUAGACGAGUCCUCGUCGACACUGGCGAGGGCAACAUCCCCAAGUAUAUAGAGCUCCUGAAGAAGGUUUUGACCGAAAAUGAAGCCGAACUUGACUCGAUUGUGAUCACGCAUUGGCAUCCAGAUCAUGUUGGUGGAAUUUCGGACGUCAGAUCCGCUUUUGGAGCCGAAUUCCCCGUAUAUAAACUAAAACGGGAUACUGUAAGUGUUUUUAUUUAUUUUUUGUUUGAUUUUUAGCAUGAUGAAAGCGGUGUGUGCAACUACACGUACAUUGAUGACGGAUAUCAGAUCAAAGUUGAGGGCGCUACACUGAGAAUUGUGGCGACUCCUGGACACACCACGGAUCAUGCAUCGUUGUUCUUGGAAGAGGAGAAAGUAUUGUUCAGCGGGGAUUGUAUUUUGGGUAAGAAAAAUGGGAAAAUUUUUUGAAAAUUUGAAUUUUUGACUUUAUCUUGUGUUUUUGUUGAAUGGAUGCUAAAGAAAAUGGCCUAAAAUUUAAUGUGACGUCUUUGGAGGGCUAUAACUUUUUUCUGAAAUUGUGGUUUUUAUCCGUUUUUUACUCUAUCAUCAGUGUAAACGAGAAAAAUCCGGAAAUCCUGGUGAAAACCGAAAAAUCCCCCUUUGUCAUAGCCAUAAUUUUGUUUGUAAUGACAUUCUUGACCAUUACUGAUAUUGAUUUGGCAUUGUGAUUUCGAAAAAAAAGAACAAUAGUGUCGGGCCUGAAUCAGUGGUAAAAAACGUGCCAUUUUACAUCCGCGAAGUAUCAAAAAUGCAGCAAAAUACCUCCAUCUCCAAGUGAAAAAACUUCAUUUUCAAAAGCGAGCUGAAAUUGGAGUCUUUUCACGGAGAGGGAGGUAUUUUGCUGCGUUUUUGACACUUCCCGGAUGCAAAAUGGCCUUUUUUUUGCCACUGGAUCAUGUCCGCCACUAUAGUUGUUUUUUUGAAUUUACAAUGCAAAAUCAAUAUCAGUAAUGGUCAAGAAUGCCAUUUCAAACAAAAUUAUGGCUAUGGCAAAGGGGGAUUUUUCGGUUUUCACUGGGUUUUGGGGAUUUUUGUCGUUUACACUGAUGAUAAAGUAGAAAAACGGAUAAAAAUCACAAUUUCAGAAAAAAGUUAUAGCUUUCCAUAGGCAGCACAUUAAUUUUAGGGAAAGAAAAAAAAAUAGAAAUCAAGGUUUGCGCAUAUUGUGCCCAAAAAUUGAAGAAAAUUGCAUUUCAGGCGAAGGCAGCACGGUGUUUGAAUGUCUCCACACUUAUAUGAAGAGUCUCGACGUACUGUUGGACCUAAAUUCGGCAAGAAUUUUCCCAGGUCACGGGAAAGUCAUCGAAGACCCGAAGGGAAAAAUUACAGAGUACGUGCAGCAUCGGAUGUUGAGAGAAAAUCAGAUUUUGGAAGCCUUGAAGAAGGCUGGAAAUGCCACGAACAUGGAUCUGACCAACGCGGUUUAUCCGGUGAGGAUUUUUUUUUUGAUUUUUUUUUUUUUUGAUUUUUGGGUUACUGUAGCAUAAAAUAAAAUAAUUUUUUGAAAUAUUUGCAGGCCUAGAGGUAAAAUACUCAUGCAACAAAAAAAAUUUACGAGAUUGAAAAAGAAAAAAUGGUUUUUCUCUGACUGUCUCUCCAUUUUUUAUGAUCUUUUUUUGUUGGCUGCGAAAAUCGUUGAAUAUGCGGGCUGGCCUUGCAAUCCCGGAACCAAAUUUUCAGAGAUUUAUUUAUAGCCCAGAUAGAAAAUCCAGGCAAAUCGGAGAGUUGGAAAUUGAGCUACCACUUUUUUUGUAAAAUAAGGUGAUCUGAAUGAAAAAGUAGAAAAAUUUUUUAUAUUGAUGAUGAGAAAAUGAUGGAGUCGAGCUAGAAAGAGCUAAUAAAGCCUAAGAUUUGAUUUGCAGGACAUCCCACUCUCGCUGAAACUCGGCGCCCUCGGCAAUGUUGAUCAUCAUCUCAGCAAGCUCGUCAAAGACGGAAAGGUCAAGAAAAAUUCCGAUGGAUCCUAUGAACCCAUUUAA